CUUGCUAUGGCUCGGCGGUCCCGACUUAUCACGUGUGUUGUAGAGCGAUCGACCUGUAUAAGUAGGACCCGACCAGCUGCACCCAGAGUCCUCUCGAGGUCUCGGCAUCAUACCUUCUCUCGCUUUCUCCUUAGACAUCAUACCAGAGUCACACGACCAUGCUGGACAGACUACCCCCCGAGCUUGUUGACAUCAUCUUUGACGAUUGUGACCGUCCAACUCGGAUACGCGUCUUGCAGUGCUCCCAGAAGUUUCGGCAAGCCUUCGAACCACGGAUUUAUCGGCACAAUGUUCU